UUCGAUCUGAGCGCGCGCUGACAGCCCCCGGUGACCGGCGCAUCCAUCAGACCCGGCGAGGGAAAGAGGUAUCACUUCGCCGGUUCCAUCGAUCUGCCGGAACUGGCCAGGCACCGUUUUGCGUGUGCGCGUGUGCGCGCGCGCGUGAGCGAGCAGGGCGAAAGCGGCCCUGAGGUAUUUCUGCCACCGAGGAGCAGCCACCCGCACGCAUAACGGAGAGCCAGUGAUACGCUCGGGAAAUAAAAUCAUCUAAGACAUCCGAGGGAACCUACCUGUCUGGACUAUUUCAUCGUUUAGGAGUUCCUCUUUUGCUUAAAUCACAGCGCAGUUUUUCAACAACUCAACAAGUUCAGGCUGCUUAGAGGGGACUGUUGCAGUGUUUCAUAUUAUUCCAGAUUGUUCAGCACCAAGUGUUCAGCAACUAAACGGUGGCAAGUGGAACCACAGCCCAGUGCUGGAUUCCAGAGGGAAAGCUAGAGUGAGUAGACCCUUAAGGUGAAGGAGGGUGCAUGGAUCGCUCAAGGACAAAGACUUCUGCCUGCCUCUGGUUGGGCGUGGUCUCCGUGGCAACAACAUUUCUCUGUGCAGAGGCGCGAGUCACACCAAGCCCACCCCUCCCUGACAACACCACAUGCGUUGGGGAGGCAGGUCGGUGCCAACCUGGCAUCAUCUUACCUAUCUGGUACCCCGAGGACCCCUCCCUGGGUGACAAGAUCGCCAGGGUCAUUGUGUAUUUUGUGGCAAUGAUCUACAUGUUCCUGGGUGUGUCGAUUAUUGCGGAUCGCUUCAUGGCUGCCAUUGAGGUCAUCACCUCCCAGGAAAAGGAAAUCAUUAUUAAACGGCCAAACGGCGAGACGACAACCACAACGAUCCGCGUGUGGAACGAAACCGUGUCCAACCUCACGCUCAUGGCAUUGGGCUCCUCUGCACCUGAAAUACUCCUCUCCCUCAUCGAGGUAUGCGGACACGAGUUCCAUGCCGGUGAGCUCGGCCCAUCCACCAUUGUAGGCAGUGCUGCCUUCAACAUGUUUGUGAUUAUCGGCCUGUGUGUGUCGGUGAUCCCGGAAGGGGAGGUACGAAAGGUGAAGCACCUCCGGGUGUUUUUUGUGACAGCGGCAUGGAGCGUGUUUGCCUACAUUUGGCUCUACAUGAUCCUGGCUGUGUUCUCACCCAAUGUCGUGCAGGUGUGGGAAGGGCUUCUCACGUUGGCUUUCUUCCCCAUCUGCGUUGUUCUGGCCUGGGUGGCCGACCGUCGGUUGCUUUUCUAUAAGUUCAUGCACAAGAAAUAUCGCACGGACAAGCACCGUGGCGUCAUCAUCGAGACUGAGGGUGACUGCUCUAAAGGCAUAGAAAUGGACGGAAAGAUGAUGAAUUCUCAUUUUGUAGAUGGUGGAGCUGCAAGCAACUUGAUGGGCCUGAUUGAAGGCAAGGAGGUGGACGAGUCUCGCAGAGAUAUGAUCCGGAUCCUGAAAGACCUAAAGCAGAAACACCCAGAGAAGGAGCUGGACCAGCUGGUGGAGAUGGCCAACUACUAUGCACUGUCGCACCAACAGAAAAGCAGAGCGUUUUACCGUAUCCAGGCCACAAGGAUGAUGACCGGAGCUGGGAACAUCCUUAAAAAGCAUGUGGCGGAACAGGCCAAACGUAGCGGUAGCGUUCAAGAAGUUCAUGUAGAAGAACGAGAGGAAUUUGUGUCCCGGAUUGUGUUUGAACCCGCUGUUUAUCAGUGUCUGGAGAACUGUGGGGCCGUUCUGUUGACGCUGGAGCGUAAGGGUGGCGACAUCGGCAAGACAAUUUAUGUGGAUUAUAAAACGGAGGACGGAUCAGCGAACGCCGGUGCAGACUAUGAGUUUACGGAGGGCACUGUGGUGUUCAAACCUGGUGAGGUUGUCAAGGAGAUCACUGUUGGCAUCAUCGAUGACGACAUUUUUGAGGAGGAUGAGCAUUUCUUUGUGCGACUCAGUAACGUGCGUGUUCUUGAGACAGAGGAUGAGGUGCUUUCGCCCAGUAGCUUGCCGUACCCAAAAGCCUUGAUAGGAUUCCCUGCUGUUGCCACGGUUACCAUCCUCGAUGAUGACCACGCAGGCAUCUUCACUUUUGAAAGUGAGUCGAUACACGUGAGUGAGAGUGUGGGGAUCAUGGAGGUGAAAGUGCUGCGGACGUCAGGAGCACGAGGGACCGUCAUCAUCCCGUUCCGCACAGUGGAGGGACUCGCUAAGGGCGGAGGAGAAGACUUUGAGGAUGCAUAUGGAGAACUGGAGUUCAAAAACGACGAGACAUGUAAAAUUAUACAAGUUAAGAUAAUUGACGAUGAGGAGUAUGAAAAAAACAAAAACUUCUACCUGGAGCUGGCGGAACCACGCAUGGUGGAUAUGAGUCUUCAGAAAGCUCUGUUGUUAGCUGAUGAUAUUCCAGACAGGAAGUUGUCAUCAGAGGAAGAGGAAGCAAGAAGAAUAGCAGGGAUGGGGAAGCCUGUAUUAGGCGAGCAUGCAAAAAUAGAGAUCAUCAUCGAGGAGUCGUAUGAGUUUAAGAGUACAGUAGAUAAGUUGAUUAAGAAGACUAACUUGGCUCUGGUUGUGGGCACAAAUUCCUGGAGAGAACAAUUUAUGGAGGCCAUAACUGUCAGUGCAGGAGAUGAGGAUGAAGAUGAGGGUGGAGAAGAACGUCUGCCAUCUUGUGUUGAUUAUGUCAUGCACUUCCUAACUGUGUUCUGGAAGGUUCUGUUCGCCUGUGUCCCGCCCACGGACUAUUGGAAUGGGUGGGCAUGUUUUGUUGUUUCCAUAGUAAUAAUCGGUCUAUUGACGGCUGUGAUUGGCGACCUGGCCAGUCACUUUGGUUGCACCAUCGGCCUGAAGGACUCUGUCACUGCUGUGGUGUUUGUAGCCCUUGGAACAUCUAUCCCUGAUACCUUUGCCAGUAAAGUCGCAGCGGUGCAGGACACUUAUGCAGAUGCGUCUAUUGGUAAUGUGACAGGUAGCAACGCUGUGAACGUUUUCUUGGGAAUUGGAGUGGCAUGGACGGUGGCCGCCAUCUAUUGGCACAUGCAGGGUCGUGCGUUUGAGGUGCAAGCGGGGUCCCUGGCGUUUUCUGUCACUCUCUUCACCAUCUUUGCCUUCCUGGCUGUGAGUGUCCUGCUGUAUCGACGCAGGCCUCAUAUCGGUGGAGAGCUGGGUGGCCCGUUUAGUCACCGUAUCUUCACCUCACUCUUUUUCUUCAGUCUCUGGUUUCUCUACAUCCUUUUCUCCAGUCUGGAGGCUUACUGUCAUAUACAGGGCUUCUGAAGAGAAGAGACAGAGACUGGGUCGGGUGGGGUGAGGGGCUAGAGACGGGGAGAGAAAGAUGGAUGCAAGCAAACCUCUAGUCAAAAACGACUGCGUAAGAGCCAAGGACAAAUCACACAGACUGUUUUGAAAAGUUUUAAACAGGCAAGGAUUUGAGUCUCUUCAGUCUGAGAAUGAACGGAUGAAGAGUGUGAAUUAUUUGACCUAUCUCUCUUAAAGGAGGGACAGUCUUAACCUGGAGUCUGAGCUUUCACAGUCUAUAUUUUUCUCAACACCUGCUGUGAACGACUUUUUUCUAAUGAAGUAUUUUGGGAAAAAAAGACAUUAAAAAACAACAAAAAGAAUAAAAAGGAUUCAAAGGACUAUUUUCAGAUCUGCUUCCAGGAUAAUAAGUAAUAUUUCAACAGAAAAAUGAAAUAUAUAACUACAUGAAAUCAGUUAUUGAGUGACAUUUGAAAGACCCAUAAAGUUUAUUUAUUUUCUCGUUAUUUAGUUUGGGAAGAUGAUGAGCUUACAGCUUUUAGCGUGAGGCCAAAGUCCCGACUAGGGAGGGUGGCUCGAAAACACAGAAUGUGGAGAAGAGAGAUGAACAUGAACUAUGGCUGAACACUGCAUUUUCUCCCUUAUAUUUAUGGAUAAAAUCUGCUUCCAUCUUUUUUUCUUUUUUGUGUGUAUUUCCUGUCAAGUGUUGUUAUUUAGAGCAUCACUUGGGCUUCAGAGGGUUUCUGCAGAACAGAAAAAAAAAACAGUAUAUAGAGAGGGAAAAUGAGGCCUUUUUGCAUUUGAAAGCUCUACACUUUCAUCAAAACAAAUCACUAGUGUAUUUUCUGAUAACACCGUGGAGAGCACACUGCAUCCGCUAUUACAGUAGUUGUUGUUUUAAAUCGGUUUGUAUUUAAGUCUUUCAGUGUCAUUGAAAAACACCCCAAAGAGUUCCACAUAAGGCCCUUUCCCACUGCAGGAACUAAAGCCUAUUUAAGGUACUUUUUGAGGAACUACUUAGUUUUUCGUCAUUUUUGCAUAUGAGGAAAUAAAGUUCCUCUUAGCCAUUUAGAGGGACUUUUUUAGCUCCUACUCCGGGGUAGGCACUUUUUGGGAGAAGAGGAACUGUGGGAGAUGCUGCAGCCUGUGAUUGGUCAAAAACGUUCGAGUAAAAAAAUUUGAGCAAAUUUUCGAAUUCCCAUAGCAGAAAUAACAUAAAAACAAAGUAUCCAAAGAAUAUUGCCUUUUUUACAUUGUGUGUGUGUGCGAGGGGUGAGCUGUUGCAGGAAAGUGCCUGUUACUGUGUGUUUUACUUGCAUCAAGAUGUCUUUUUUUCAGUCCAUGAGUGAGUAGUUCAGUACACUAUUUUAUGUUGAGUCAUAAAAGCCUUUAUUUUAAAGGAUUGUGUUGAUAAAUAGGUUUAUAGUGCACCAACAUGUUUUCUGCUGAGUUCGUAGUUAAAAUAAGCUCCUCAUCUCUCAUCUCACUGCGGCUUUAGGGACUCAGCUAAGGUUGCCAACCGCUCCGUAUUGAAUCCAUAUGGACCGUCACUUGUCCCGUAUUUAAGUGUCUCACACCCAAACUGCUGAGAUCAUUUCACAAAAUGAGAGAAUUGGACCUUAAACCCAAACACCUGUUGCAUGAGUUGUGUGACAUAUCGGCUGUCGCUUUAUAUGGACAACUUGACAGAAGCGGCGGGGGGAAGAUCAAGUAAGAUUAAUGACAAUCAGUGCAUGUCGUGUUUUCCAUCAAAAGUGGGAGAAUUUAGUCUAAAAUAUAGCAUUCAAAACAUGAUAAUUGUUUUCCACCAUUGUUAUUCCAAAACACCAGUAAACACAUAUUCAUAUGUCAGUGCUCGUUCUGGAAGAGACUCAGCCAAAAGACUUUGAGAAAAACUGCAGCACUUUUAAUACAAAAGUACAAUACAGUGCAUGUUUAAUAACUUUUUACUAUAACUUUAACUAUGUACUAUUUUUUAGCACAUCAUAUACUGAUGACCCCAAUUAUAAACAGAAAGCAUGUUUCGUUGAGCUUUAGAAAAGGAAAAGGCUUGCAUAAUUAGUAGGAAGAAAAUGCUUAACAGACAAAUAUUGUCUCCAUUGAUUGCAGCUUCAUUCUUUUUGGCAAAAGGUAAUGUUUAUUAAAAGUGAAGAUUGAUAGACAUUUGGUUCUCCCUGAUCGUUGUUUAAAGCAUUUUUAAUUUUAAGUGCUGAGGGCCAUUCACAACUGAAUGCAUUUGUUGCGUGUAAACAUGCUCUAUGGUCCUCUUUGACCGCUGCGAUGCAUCUUGCUGUUGGAAACCCUAGACGCAGCACCGCACAGCUCAGGAGCCCAUUAAAACCUGCAGACGCAGUUUGUGUUAAACAGCCCUAACAAAAGCAUUUCUCGGAUCCUGCAGUCCUCCAUUGUUGUUGUUUUUAUUGUUGCUAUUGUAUCACGUGUGCAAACAACGUCAGAGGAAAAACGGUUGACACUACAUUACGUGAUCACAGGUGCGAAUGCAAGAGGAAAAAGUCUAUUGUGAAAUGUAGUUCCUCUAAAAAGUUGUCCUUCCAGAAAGUCCCUUUUUGUGAAAACCAGAAUUUUAGGUGGGAAAGGGGCUAUAGAACCACCUCACCCCAGAGUGUCCUCCUAUAUAGAAUUACAUGACCAGGAGUUCGUUAAGUGUGCAUCUAAACAGUGUCUGAACUGUCAGUGAUGUAGGUGGUGGGUUUGUAAUGAUUACAUGCCUUCAGUCCAGAAGCGAGCAUGGAACAUUACAAGCUGACAAACAGCUCUAGACUGUUCUGUAGUUUUGUUUUAACCUGCAAAAAAGAGUUUUUGAGUUUUAAAGGAAUAGCAGAGAGAUAUUCUGCCCUACAAAGGCAAAAUGUAGUAACUACACAGUUUAAAUCCUGUAUAAUUUAUGGGGGAAAACUGGCAGCUGUGGUUGCCAGAAAUUCACCAUUAAAAAUAUAGUAACCAUGUUUAAGGCAUUACAGGAUGUCAUUUUAGUGCCUGCAUAUUUUACAUUUCACUAUAUGCAUGUGUCAUAAAUAAGAAGAAACAAAUUAUUGGUUUAUUGUAAAAAUACAUAGAUUGUCUAAAUUUUCCGCAGUUAACUGUAAGGUAAAUCAUACUUUUUAAUUCUAAAAGACAUAUUUUUUACACUAUUUUACCACAAAAUUGUAUGUAUUACCUUGUUAAAUGUAAUGCAAUUUUUCACCAUACAUGGUAAGAUUAACCAAUUAUCAGUUAACCAAUUUCAAAACCGAGAAAACCAUAAAAUAAAGAAAUGUGUAUUUUUUUUAGUUACUGCUAUUUUUAACACACCAAACCUGUCUGUCACAGGACAGAUAAUAGUCUUAAGAGACCAGAUUCCUGACAAAAUGUUAUAAAAUGUGUUUGUUACUGAAUUUUGCCUUUGCACAGCAGUAUUGUAAAGGAGCAGUGUUUUUGGGGCAGAUCGGCAACACGUCAGCUUACAGUGGAUCAGUUUAAAGAAUGAUUAUUAAUUCAUCUGACUGACUAAAGAGUUUUUUGUGCCUAUUAUUGCUGUAGUGAGAUAAAAAGGAGGUUUUGGAAGAGGUUUCUGCAUUAUCUGAGGGGAAGUGAUGUCAAUAAAGAAUUGUUUAGGAGGGCCAAUAAAACGCAGAGGCCAGAACCAAAGAACAGAACCUUUAGGUGGCACCCGGAAGCUGCAGUGGUUCUCUGAGCCACUGGGGGGGCCACAGCCCUGUUCCACAAUUAUAUGUUUUUACAACUCAUGCAAUCUGUAUGUGCGAGUGUGUGUGUCUGUGUGUUGCAUAUUUAUAUCUUGCCUCAUCACAAACAGAGGCCAAAUCAGUUGUGUCCUGGCUAUCAGUAUCAGGAUUACAGCACCUGCAGCUAAAAUUGACUCUUUUUAAAUAUAUAUAUAUAUAUAUAUAUGUUUACAUACAUGUAAAUCUAUGUGUGUAAGAGAGAAUGAGAGAGUGAGAUCCAAAUCGCAGAUGUACAUGCCGACAUUACUUUGGCCUUCUAUGUGCUUCCAGUGACUUUGUUCAUAAUCUUUGUGCUUUAUUUAAACUGUUUAAAAGAAAAACAUUUUAGAACCAUUUGCUGAAAUCACAGAAAAACAUGCACACACACACACUCUUUAUGACUCAUACAGGCACAUGUUCAUGAGGUUUAGUGUUUUAAACUUUUUUUGUACAGAAGGCACUGUCAGAUCCAAACACAAUGUGAGAACUUUCACCUCUCUAUCUCUCUGUACAGAGGCAGGAGUGUGUAUUAGCUACACAACACACUUUAUUCAUCACACACUCAGUUCUAAACCUAGUGAGCUGCCUGCAUAGACAGCAUUUUAAGGCAAUAGGUGCACUCCUAAUGCGAAAGUUGUUAAGGUAAAUGGCCUUCUUAUAUAACUUGUUUUGGCCAAAUUCUAAGACUACAUAUUAAAUGGUGCAUGGAGAAUUUUAUAAUUCAAUUAAAUCUUUCGCAAUCCCAAAUGUAUUGCAACAAGCAAUCCAAGAUGGCAGAAAUGAGAGAAAUGUUGAUUAUAAAUAUAAUGAAUCCAGUACAAAAAAAUUGUUUCAUUUAAAAUGUAGUUUAUUUAACGUGUGGUUCAUUUAACAUAUAAUAGAUUUAUCUUUACUCAAUAUUUGUGUGAACAUUAUUUUUAUGCUUAGUGGAAGUCAAUUGUGAGUCUCCAGUUGCCUUUGUCCUGAGGAGCACUACAGAGUUGUUGCCUAUGUAGAGCGUUUGACUUGUGAGAUUUCAUUUUAGUUAGGAUGCUUAUUUAGAAGUAGAGUUUCCAAAUGUCCUGUAUUAGCCACGACAUCCCGUAUAUUGGUCGAAAUGACAACGUCCCGUAUGGCAUUAGUUCUCAACCUUUUUGACUCCAAGGCUCCCCAUUGUCUGAGAAAAUAUUUGAAGGCCCCCAAUGUAGGCUAUUAGAUAUUAAUAUUAUAAGAUAUAUCUAUUAUAAGAUAUUUCCUCAGAUACUUCUACUGUAAAGAUGACAAAGCUUGUUUUUCAAAGUUUUUUAAUGUAAGAAAUUUCUAACGUAAAUAGAUUAAAACAAUUACUCAUGAUACAUUUUGUGAUUCCAGAAAUGUCUAGAACUAUAUGUUCUUCAUAAAAAGCAAACAGUUAGGGAGUAAUUUAACAAGUUGAAUUAUAAUAAUUAUAUAAAAAUUAUAAUAAUCUACCUUAUUUUAAAUAAUUUUAAUAGAUCAUGAGGCCCCCCUUGAAGUGUGCUGAGGCCCCCUAGUGGGUCCCGACCACUUGGUUGAGAACCACUGCCUUAUGGGACACCUAUUGUGCCAUAUUUUAGUGGAGAAAGCCUAUUAAGGCAGAUACCUAAGUAGGCAGUAGACAGCAAGGCAGCUUGCUAGGUUUUGGAAUAUAGCCACUCUCACACUCCAUAAGCAGCCAUGCAACCAGUUGUAUGCAGGCAAAAGAAUAUAUUUAUGAAAAGAUUACCAGUAUAUAUUUAAACAGUAUUCAGUGACUUUCAGUGAGCUGUCUAUGGUGCGGUUGAAUGUGCCUAGCGUGGCUAAACUAUAGUAGAUCUUCACCACAUCUGAGUAUGAAUCACCCAGGCUGAAGUCUGUGGUUGGAUCAAAACUACAUUCAGCAUACGGCACUUACAUCUCAACACUGGGCUCAGUCUAAGAGCGUUUUGGAGCCAGUGAUUCGACUUUGCAUUGCUCUUACCGUCUCUGCUUAGGUUAAUUUACAUACACAUACAUAUGCACAAUUUAGUUAACUAUGAUGCCUGGGGAGAGUUGUUAUGAAAAGACGUGGGUGGGCCUCCAUGUUAUGUGAUGUUGACCAUGGUGGACAGCUGUCUGCACACCCCCUCCACACUAGUUUUGAGCUUUUCUACUGCCAACUAUCACUUCCAGAUGUUUAGAUGCAGGUGAACUUGUUUAAAAGAGAUUUCAGAUGAUGUCACUUACUGUAUAAUCUUGAAGUCACACAAGUCUUACAAACGUACCAGGGGGCUGACUCUUACACACAAACACACAAACACACUCCUCUUCAGCCUGAUGAUGAAGCAGAUGGUGAUUAUGUUCAUCUAUUGUUGUUUCACUCAUUCUUUUUUGUUUGUUUGUUUUUUACUCUCACAAAAAAAAAGUCAUGUUUUAUUUUCAGGAAAUUAUGCAUGGAAUUUACCUUUAUUUAAUUAAUUUAUGUCAGCUAAUUUAUUUAUUUUGAUUAUUUUGGUCAACAGAAAAAUAAAUAAAAAAUAUUUGA